AUGGAUACUUCUAAGGCUAGCGAUACUAAGGUGAAUGAAAAAGAUGCUGAAGGUAGUAAUAUUGAUGCAAAGAUCGAUAAAAAUGCAGAUCCAUCAAAAGCACCACCAGCUAAGGCAACUAGUUCACCUGCAGGUGCGGCGAAAGCUCGAGGUGCUCAAGCCGAAAAACAUGGACGUAGAGGUGAAGCUAAACCUGGUCAAAGACAUUAG